GUUAAUAAUUGUGGUCUUCAGCUGGUUAUCCAGACCUCAUCGAUAACAGAUAAAAGCAAAUCGUUUGAAUUCAGGAUAAAUAAAGAACAGUCAUCUUUCCACAGUAGACUUCUGCAGCAUGAUCUGGAAAAAAACUAUUCAGGAAGGCAAGGAGACCAAAGAAUAUUAAGUCCUUUGGUGCGUAAUAAGCAGAUAUAUCUUCCAGUACCAUCCAGUCUGACAGACCUUUCUGGUUUGGAGUGGAAGCAGAAUACAGGUUCUUUACCAGGAUUUGGCGAGUCUUCUGUUCACACGCCUACAAAAUCCAGAUCCCGACCAAGCAGCCACAGUAUUAGUUUACAUGCUUCAGAUAACACAAAUUUUGGGAGCAGUUCAUCAAUAACAUUUCCUGUAUUACAACGUACUGCUGAAGAGAAAAUACUGAACUCUGAUAGACUUACCCUGGAAAGGCAAAAACUGACAGUAUGUCCAAUUAUCGAUGGGGAAGAUCAUCUUCGCCUUUUGAAUUUCCAACAUAACUUUAUAACCCGGAUCCAAAAUAUUUCUAAUCUGCAACAUCUGGUUUUCUUAGAUUUAUACGAUAAUCAGAUAGAGGAAAUAAGUGGUCUUUCAACUCUGAGAUCCCUAAGAGUCCUUUUGUUGGGAAAGAACAGAAUAAAGAAGAUCUCAAAUUUGGAGAACCUAAUAAAUCUUGAUGUUUUAGAUCUUCAUGGAAAUCAGAUUACUAAAAUAGAAAACAUCAGUCAUUUGAGUGAACUGAGAGUGUUAAACCUUGCCAGAAACCUACUAACCACUGUGGAAAACCUUAAUGGACUGGAUUCGCUCACAGAGCUCAACCUUCGUCACAAUCAAGUCUCUGCUAUAAAAGAUGUGGAUACUUUGCCCCGUCUCCAACAUCUCUUCCUCAGCUUCAACAAUAUAUCUAGUUUUGAGGAUAUUCUGUGCCUUGCUGAUUCCUCAUCUUUGUCAGAUAUCACCCUUGAUGGCAAUCCAAUAGCUCAGGAGACAUGGUACAAACACACUGUUCUUCAUCAUAUGAUGCAGCUCCGACAGCUAGAUAUGAAGAGAAUCACAGAAGAAGAAAGACGUAUGGCAUCUGUUGCAGCAAGGAAAGAGGAAGAAAGGAAGCGUGAAAGUCACAAACAGACCUUGCUUAAGGAAAAGAAACGGUUAACAAUUUGUAAUAUUGCUCGUCAGUGGGAAAUACAGCAGAAUCGAAUAGCUCUUGUGGCUUCUUUAAACCAAGAUAAAGAUAACGAACCCUGUCAGAUCAAUGGCAGUGCUGCAUAUGUAUUUCCUGAAGAAAGCAGGUCUCUUGAUACAAUAUUGAGCAGUGCAGUACAAGGCUUGUCUGUUCUUGAGUCGCAUUUGGUGGAAGUGGAAGGAGACACUCUUUGCUUGUAUGGUGCUGGAGCGCUGGAGUGCUUGGAUCGAAACUGGAGUGCUCAAACAGCUGGAAUUAUUGUCACAGUCUCCUUUAUGUUCAUAGAAUUCGAUGAAAUUGUUCAAGUGUUAACAAAACUGAAGAUAAAAUUUCCUAAUUCUGUGCACCUGAAGUUUAAGGAGACCAAUCUUGUGAUGCUGCAGCAAUUCAAUGCAUUAGCUCAGAUGCAUCGCAUUGAACAGUUGACAGUUGAUCCUCAAGGAAAUCCAGUUGUCAACUUUACUUUGUGGAAAUACUAUGUUCUGUUUAGACUGAACCAUUUUAAUCUACAGAAGAUAAAUGGAGUAAAGGUUACUGAAAAUGAUAUUGUAAUGGCAGAAAGGCUUUUUGGCAUUCUGGCAUAUGUAGCAUCUUCUGAGCUGCCACAUUAUCGCAUGCUUUCGUUAUUUGGAGAAUCUAGGAGGAAGCAAUUCCAUUAUCUGCUGGAGGGAAAGGGAAAGAAAUCUGGGAUUGGAAGUGAGGAAAGUAGUGAUAACAGAAGAAAUGGAGGAGAAAGCUCAACUCGAGUAAUGUUGAAUUACAUGACAAAGGACUUUCAUAUGGAAAAGCUUGAGGAAAUCAAGGAAAGAAAAACGUUUUGCCAGACAUACGUCGAGAACUUAGUGAAAGAAGCAGCUGACAUCAAUAUGAAAAAUGAGUCGUUGCAGAAGCUCUGGCCUCAGAUGUUCAUUGAGCUUGUCAGAGACGCAGUGAUAGAAAUACGCAAUAAAAAUUCCUACAUGAAACUCUGCUUACAGCGGAUCACUGAUCAAAAACAGUAGAGUCAAGGCUUGUCUUGCAAGCUUUUGCUUUCAGUGUUCUAUGAUGUUUUACAAACUUAAAACAAUAGAAUAUAAAAUUACCAUCACUAUGGCAUAUUUCACCUUCCCCUCAAAGGAAUGCCUUUAAAUCUUAAUUAACUCUUGAUAGUUUUGAAAGAAAAGUUUACUUGCAUACUGCUUUAACAAUACUUCCUUGGCUAAAGUGAUGAGAUAGCAUAGAGGUAACUUGGUGAUUGCAAUGUUUUAAAGUUCCUGUUUAUUUUUUUUCUGCUACCCUUGCUUCUG